UUUACACAAUUUUCCGUGACAAUGGCACGCGGUAAAAGACCAAUUCGUGGUGGAAAAAGAAAAUUCCAUCGUUACGAUGGUCGACCAAAGCCAAAAAAGAGUAAAUUUAACCUAAAAGAGACUUCAUAUAUCAAAGAACGUGAUGAAAAAAAUAAAGAAAUUGAGAAACGUAGGCAAAUGUUGGAGGAAGAGAAGUCUCAACAGCAAGAAGAAGAAGAAGAAGAAAGUGAUAGUUCUAGUGAAGAACAGAACAAUCCAUUGCAAAACUUAUUAUCUUCGUUUUUAAAUGCUAAUAAUCUACAAGUAACUGCUAUUGAGUCUACUUCUGAAAGUGAUACUGACAAUGAUAAUGAGGAGAAUACUGAAGCUUCUGAUAAUUUAUCUACACAGACUAGCAAUAUGAAUGAUAAGACAGAUUUAGAAAGUGAUAAUGAAGAAAUUAUAAUAAAAGAAGUUGAUGAAGAAGAUCCUGAAACAUCUCAAGAAGAUGCUGGUCACUUAAGAGAUCCAUUUUCAAUUCAUUUUCAUGAUGAUUUAAGUGAUAAACUUUAUGAAGCAGUUUCUACUGUUCCACAAAUCGUAAGAAUAGAAAAGGUAAUAUGGCCUGUUUUAGGGAAUCUUAUAUACCAAAUACCAAAUCCCUUGGAAGAUACAAAAGAUACAACAAAAAUUUCGAACAUUUCUAUUUUAGAAAAUAAACAGUUUGCUAAGUGUGGUACUGUCCCUUUAUUAAUUGAUAAUGUCAAUUGGAAUAAAUUAUAUAUAAAAUCUCAAAUUCAUGAUAAUAUUGCAAAAGCAAAUUAUGCUAAUAUAAAGGAUAACAUGAGUACAAAUCCAUCUCCUAUGACUUCUUUGCAGAGGGAGUUAUUUUCAAUAAUAAAUAAUUAUCAAGAUUUAUAUUAUCCUGAAAGAACAUUUACCAAUGCAGAUCAAAUAAGAUUUGUGUAUUGUUUGCAUGUAAUUAAUCAUGCAUUAAAAACACGAACAAAAGUAUUGCACCAUAAUGCAAAAAUAACAAAAUCAAAAUAUACAAAUAUGGCAGAAAUUCCAGAUGAGUAUAGAGAUCAAGGUCUGGUAAGACCAAAAAUUUUAAUAAUAGUUCCUUUUAGACAUUCAUGUUUAAAAAUUGUUGAACUAUUGAUAUCUAUUUUAAUUGGAGAAGAUAAAGGUGGCUCUGUAAUGAAUAAGAAAAGAUUUAUGGAAGAUUUUGGUGGUAACGAAUUAAAAAUGCCAAAAAGAAAUCCAAAACCUGAAGAUUAUGAAUUAACAUUUGAAGGAAACACAGACGAUACAUUCAAAAUAGGAAUUGCUAUUACAAAAAAGACUUUGAAAUUAUAUUCAGAAUUUUAUUCAUCUGACAUAAUAAUUUCAUCCUUAUUAGGUUUAAGAAUUUUAAUAGGUGCAGAAGGUGAAGCAGAUAGAGAUUAUGAUUUCUUGGCAUCGAUAGAAUUAUUAAUUCUUGAUCAGGUAGAAUUGUUUUUAAUGCAAAACUGGGAUCACAUGUUACACGUGUUCAAUCAUUUACAUUUACAACCAAAAGACUUUCAUGGAACAGAUUUUUCUAGAGUAAGAAGUUGGUCUGUUAAUGGAUGGAGUAAAUAUUAUAGGCAAACAUUGAUAUUUUCAAGUAUUCAUGUACCUGAGAUUUAUGGAAUAUUUAAUAAAAAAUGUUAUAAUUAUUCAGGAAAAGUAAAAAUAGUAAACCCUGUUUCUUCUGGAUCGAUUUGUCAAGUAGUUGUACAAGUUCCACAAGUAUUUCAUAGAUUUGAAACCACGAGUCAUUCUCAUGCCUUGGAAUAUAGAAUGGAAUUUUUCCUAACAAAAGUACUUGCUCAGUAUAAGGAUAGAAUAAUGAAUCAUACGUUAAUUUUUGUACCAUCUUACUUUGAUUUUGUGAAAUUACGAAAUUAUUUUAAAAAAGAAGAAUAUAGCUUUGUACAAAUUUGUGAAUAUUCUAAAGAUGCAAAAGUAGCAAGAGCAAGAGACAUGUUUUUUCACAGUGAUGCACAUUUUCUCCUAUAUUCAGAACGAUUUCACUUUUUUCGAAGGAUAAGAGUAAAAGGUAUAAGACAUAUUAUAUUUUAUGCACCACCAACUUUCCAUCAAUUUUACACAGAAAUGUGCAACUUAAUGCAAGAAGGUAAUCAAAAUCCACGUUCAGGAUCUGAAAGCAAUAUGACAGUUACCGUUUUAUAUUGUAAAUAUGAUAUUAUGCAACUUUCUGCAAUUGUGGGUACCGAAAGAGCAAAUAAAAUGCUUGUAUCAGAAAAAUCUGUCCAUAUGCUUAUGACUGGUGAAUAA